AAUAAAAGAGAAAAAUAGAAAAAGGGGAGCGAAAGCGGGGCGCGAGGGCAGCAGAGUCGGCGGGAGGCGGCGGCGGGGAAAGGGGAGCGAUGCCGGUGGCAAGGCCGGAGCCGCAGGAGCCGCGGGUGAUCGCCCACCUCGACCUCGACUGCUUCUACGUCCAAGUCGAGCAGAGGAGGAACCCGGCGCUCAGGGGGCAGCCGACGGCCGUGGUGCAGUACAACGACUGGAAAGGCGGCGGCCUGAUCGCGGUGAGCUACGAGGCCCGCAAGUUCGGCGUCAAGAGGUCUAUGCGUGGGGAUGAGGCCAAGAAUGUCUGCCCAGGUAUAAACCUGGUCCAGGUUCCCGUGUCCCGUGACAAGGCCGACCUCAAUGUGUACCGAAAUGCCGGCUCCGAGGUCGUAGCGAUUCUUUCGACCAAGGGGAAGUGUGAGCGAGCAUCCAUUGACGAAGUCUAUCUCGACCUUACUGAUGCAGCCAAGGAAAUGCUUUUGGAAUCCCCUCCGGAGUCGUCCGAGUUUACUUUUGAGGAGGCCACAAAGUCAAAUAUCCUAGACCUUCCUUCUGAUGUCGGUGACAGGGAAGAGAACGUGAAGGCAUGGCUUUGUCGCGCAGAUGCCAACUACCAGGAUAAGUUGCUGGCAUGCGGAGCUGUACUUGUUGCACAGCUACGAGUAAAAGUUCUGGAGGAAACCCAAUUCACGUGUUCUGCUGGCAUUGCUCACAAUAAGAUGUUAGCUAAACUUGUCAGCGGGAUGCACAAACCUGCUCAACAAACAGUUGUUCCAUCUUCAUCGGUUCAAGACUUUCUAGCAUCACUGCCUGUGAAGAAGAUGAAACAACUUGGUGGUAAGCUUGGGAGCUCCUUGCAGGACGAUCUGGGGGUCAAGACAGUUGGGGAUCUUCUAGGUUUUACAGAAGAGAAAUUACAGGAGUACUAUGGAGUAAAUACAGGAACGUGGUUAUGGAAGACUGCAAGAGGUUUUAGCGGAGAAGAAGUUGAGGACCGUCUUCUACCAAAGAGCCAUGGUUGUGGAAAAACAUUUCCUGGCCCAAAAGCAUUGAAGAAUCAUUCUUCUGUUAAGAGCUGGCUGGAUAAACUUUGUGAAGAAUUGAGCGAGCGGAUUCAGUCUGACUUGAGCUGCAACAAGAGAGUUGCUCAAACAUUAACUCUCCACGCUAGGGCAUCUAAGGAAAAUGAGUGUAAUUCAAUGAAGAAAUUCCCUUCCAAAUCUUGUCCAUUACGCUAUGGGACUGGCAAAAUUCAAGAAGAUGCAAUGAAGCUAUUCGAAUCUGGCCUUCAUGAUUUUUGGGGUUCUCGGAGUGCUAGAUGGAGUAUAACAUCUCUUUCUGUUACAGCAAGCAAAAUAUUUGAUAUACCAAGUGGAACGAACUCAAUCUUGAAAUAUAUCAAAGGCCCAAGUUCCAAUGCAUCUACGGCUAUCCUUGAUUCUUCCUCUACACCUGAGUUAACACCAUUUGUUGGUAAUGUUACUCAGUUGAAUAUUGCAGACUUUCAUGAGGAACAGUGUGAACCAUCAUCUAUAAAGGAAGAAUGUGACAAUAGUAUUUCAGCCACACAAUGUCGUCUGAUUGAAGGAAAAGGUGCGCCGAAGAAAUUAUCGAAAGUUCAGGGAACUGGGUCUAUUUUGAAGUUUCUUUCACAAAGUCAACCUGCCCAGCAUGAGAAAAGAAACUUUGACGGCUUAAUUUGCAGCCAUCAAGGCCCGGAGAGUUCUUCAGGAGCAAGCGUGGCUGAACAACAUGGUAGGGACAAUAUUAACACGGCCGUCGACCACUCUUCCGGUUCCGGUGACACAUGGAUGCUCAAUGUUGAAGACAUUGAUCCGGACGUAGUAGGGGAACUGCCGCUGGAGAUUCAAAGAGAAAUACAGGGCUGGAUCCGUCCUUCGAAACAGGCAACCCCAAAGAAGCGAGGUUCCACCAUCUCUUCUUACUUUUCACCGGCAAGAAGGUGAUCGCUCCAAAGAGCUGGAUUAUACCAUACUAAUUCUAGCAUGCUGCUGACUGUUCUCAUGAUUGUCCGCAUGUAAACUGUAGGAAACUCAUCUAACCAACUCUAAUAGAUGUGUUGAUGGUUGUGAAUAGUACUUUUAUUCCUGGAGUACCCUGAGGGUCA